AUGCUAGCACUCAACUUACUGUUGCUCGUAGCAAUCGCCAUUUUUGCUUGUACAAUCAAAGCUGACGUUUAUGAUGAACUCGGUGAAUCCACUUUUCGAUCGUCCAAAAAUAUCCUUUUUGCUGCAACGUUGGGUGGAUCAAGUCACAGCUCCUGGGUAGCACGGCUACUCAAUGAGCUGACACUGCGAGGUCACCGUGUUACCUAUGCUGCCACCGACACCCAAAUGAAAUAUACCGAGCCGUAUCCUCAUAUUGAUACCGAGGAUCUCGGCGGCGGAUUUUGGGUCAAGUUAAAUGCUCACAACCGGACGUUCCCGAGACCAUGGAAUGAUUUUAAGAACGAAAUCAAUAUCAACACUGAGAACUACGGAAAAAUAUAUACUCGUAUACAGCAGAUAAUGUCAGUUAAUUCGUUUGAUGUAAUUAUCUGUGAUCAGUUCUCCACUGAAUGCAGUGAUGCAGCACGCAUAUCCGGAAUUCCUUCUAUUCAAACUAUGGUUAUGAACUUAUCGCCAGAUUCUUUCGCUCCAUACAUCAACAAAUGCCGCAUUCUUCUCGGUGAAACGACAACAGAACAUAUGUCCCUUCCAUAUCGAUUUUAUAAAAAAUUCAUGUUUCCUAUCGCCGCUCAUUGGCACUUGGGAGAAGCAAGAGAGAAAUUUCGCCAGAAGCGAAUGGAGCUUACCGGAGACAUGGCACCGCCCGCCGAUCCUGCACGCAACUCGCUCAAAAUCGUAAACAACUUUUACGGUAUUGAAGAAGCACGACCGAUGGGUCCGCUGGUGGAGAUGAUUGGUCCAAUUUAUAACGCUGUCUAUGACCCCUUACCUCCUAGCAUUAAGGAUUUUCUCGAUAAGCACGAGCGUGUAGUCUUUGUAGCCUUUGGACAACACGCGUCCGCAAAACCGUUCGAUACAAAACGUAUAUUGGAGGAGCUGUUGAGCUUGGUGGAAUCCAAUCUAAUCGACGGAAUCGUAUGGGGUGUCGUCAAGUCAAGCGCAGGACUUCCGGACACGGUUACCACCAAAUCAGGUCGUACGUACGAUAUCAAGGACUUGUGGGAGGAUGAGAAGCAUCCGAACGUUCGUCUUUUACCAUGGGCUCCACAGUUUGCUAUCCUGAAUCAUCCAUCUGUUAUAACAUUUUUAUCGCACGGCGGCGGCAUGUCCAUAUUUGAAGCGCUAUACGCAGGAAAACGGACAGUAAUCAAGCCAUUCUUCGGUGAUCAACCGGGACACGCUCUUCAUUUCGAGCGGGAACAGCUGGGAGGCUACUUAAAAUUGGCCGAGCCAGAAGCAUUCGAAACGCUAAGGCGCGUCAUUGAAGACAAGGAUGGUACAAUCCAAAAUAACAUAAAACGAUAUCAGGCACUGGUGCAGAUCCGAGCUAAGCAUGCCGUUACCCGAGGGGCUGACUUGGUUGAAGAAGUUAUCUUUACAAGCGUGAAUGGUCACUUACCUCAUCGUCUCGAUGUUGCCCGUAGACUCUCGUACCUGAAGGCCAAUGACUACGACUUGGGCCUGUGCCUUGCUGCUAUCAUAUUAGGACUUGGAUUGACGACUCGAUUUGUAUAUCUACGGAUGAAAAAUCAUUACCAGAGAGGACAAUCCCAGCAACAGCACAAAUCAAAGCAAAUGUAA